CGGUCACUGGUGUCUUCCGGCCUCACUUCAGGGUGGCCGACAUGACGGCCCCAGGUCGCAGCCCCCUGGAGCCGCUUCUGGAGACUUGGGAAGACCCCUCGGUGGCUCCCGGCGAGCAGACGGACGCCUACCUAACUCUGACCAGUCGUAUGACUGGAGAAGAAGGAAAAGAAGUCAUUGCAGAAAUCGAGAAAAACCUUCCUCGGCUGUAUACGGUUUUAAAGGCUCACAUUUCCAGUCAGAACUCAGAACUGAGUAGCGCUGCUCUACAAGCCUUGGGCUUUUGUUUAUAUAAUCCCAGAAUUACCUCAGGAUUAUCAGAGGCAAAUAUUCAAGAACUGCUUUUAACCUUGAAUGGUAUCAUUAAGAGUUCAGACAAAAAUGUGUGUACCAGGGCACUGUGGGUAAUAUCCAAACAGACGUUUCCUGCUGAACUUGUUAGCAAAAUGGUAUCCAGUAUUAUUGAUUCAUUGGAAGUGAUACUAAGUAAAGGAGAGAUACAUUCUGCUGUUGUUGAUUUUGAAGCAUUAAAUGUUAUUAUAAGGCUAAUUGAACAAGCCCCGACUCAAAUGGGAGAGGAGUCUGUGAGGUGGGCCAAAUUGGUCAUACCAUUAGUUGUUCACUCAGCACAAAAAGUACAUCUGAGGGGAGCCACUGCUCUAGAGAUGGGGAUGCCAUUGCUGCUUCAUAAACAACAAGAAAUAGCCUUGAUUACAGAGCACCUUAUGACUACUAAAUUAAUCUCAGAACUCCAAAAGCUAUUUAUGAAUAAAAAUGAGACUUAUGUGUUAAAAUUAUGGCCUUUGUUUGUCAAACUUCUUGGAAAGACCUUGCACCGGAGUGGGAGUUUCAUCAAUUCUUUGUUACAACUGGAAGAACUGGGCUUCCGUAGUGGAACACCCAUGAUUAAAAAAAUAGCUUUCAUUGCUUGGAAAAGCUUAAUAGAUAAUUUUGCUUUAAACCCCGAUAUACUUUGUAGUGCAAAAAGACUGAAGUUGUUAAUGCAGCCUUUGAGUUCCAUCCAUGUGAGAACAGAAACUUUAGCAUUAACAAAACUAGAAGUCUGGUGGUACUUGUUGAUGAGACUUGGACCUCAGCUCCCUGCCAAUUUUGAACAGGUUUGUGUGCCACUGAUUCAGAGUACAAUAAGUGUUGAUAGUAUUGCUUCACCUCAAGGCAGUUCAUCUCGAGGGUCUACUUCUCCUGGCUUAAGUCCACUGACUCCUGGACAUAAAGGUGCUUCUCCUUAUGGAACUCCUCGUGUCAACCUGGGUUCAAAUAUAGGUGGAAUGGCUACAAUCCCUUCUAUUCAGCUUUUGGGACUGGAAAUGAUGCUUCAUUUUUUGUUGGGUCCAGAAGUCGUGAAUUUUGCCAAGCAACACAAGAUUGUAUUGAGUUUAGAACCACUGGAACACCCGCUAAUCAGCAGCCCUUCUUUCUUCUCCAAGUAUGCACACACACUUAUCACUGCUGUUAAUGAUAGCUUUGUCGCAGUUGGAAAGGAUGCCUCAGAUGCAGUAGUCAGUGCUAUCUGGAAGGAGCUAAUUAGCUUGGUGAAGUCAGUUACUGAAUCAGGAAACAGAAAAGAAAGAUCAGGUUCUGAAGUUUUGACCCUCCUACUAAAAUCUUUGGAAAACAUAGUGAAGUCAGAAGUAUUUCCUGUUUCAAAAACACUGGUUCUCAUGGAAAUUACAGUUAAAGGACUUCCUCAGAAAGUAUUAGGUUCACCAGCAUAUCAGGUUGCUAAUAUGGAUAUUCUUAAUGGAACUCCAGCAUUGUUUUUAAUCCAGUUAAUUUUUAACAACAAUCUUUUAGAAUGUGGUGUAGAAGAUGAAAAGUUUUUUUUCAAUCUAGAAACACUUGUAGGCUGUGUGCUUUCUGGUCCGACAUCACCACUGGCUUUUAGUGAUUCUGUACUAACUGUGAUUAAUCAGAAUGCAAAGCAGUUGGCAAACAAGGAGCAUCUCUGGAGAAUAUGGAGUAUGAUAGUCACUCCACUGACUGAUGUGAUUCAUCAGACCAAUGAAGUGAAUCAAGGCGAUGCCUUAGAACAUAAUUUUAGUGCCAUCUAUGGUGCUUUGACUUUACCAGUCAACCAUAUUUUUUCAGCCCAGACAUUUCCCACGGGUCCCAUGAAAACUUUGCUUAAAACUUGGUCAGAAUUAUAUAGAGCAUUUACUCGCUGUGCUGCUUUGGUGGCAACAGCAGAAGAGAAUUUGUGCUGUGAAGAACUUUCUUCUAAAAUAAUGUGCAGUUUGGAAGAUGAAGCCCUUUCUGAUUUGCAAUUCUUGGACAGGAUUUCUCAUAUCAUUAUUGUAAUGGUUGAUUGUAUCGACUUUUCACCAUAUAAUAUAAAAUAUCAGCCGAAAAUCAAAUCACCACAGAGAUCUUCAGAUUGGUCCAGAAAGAAGAAGGAACCCUUAGGGAAAUUGGCUUCUUUAUUUAAGCUAAUUGUGAGAGUCAUCGAUUCUUUCCACACUCUAAGCCUCAAGGAAACAUACUCUGAUACAUUGCUUGCUAUUGGUAACUCUAUCAUUAGCAUGCUUUCCAAUAUAUUUGGACAUAUUUCCUUGCCCUCUAUGAUCCGAGAAAUAUUUGCAACUUUUACAAGACCUCUGGCUUUACUGUAUGAAAACUCAAAGCUUGAUCAGGUUCCUAAAGUGUAUACUAGUUUGAACAACAAGUUAGAAAAGCUAUUAGGAGAAAUCGUUGCUUGUCUACAGUUCAGCUAUCUUGGAGCUUAUGACAGUGAGCUUCUUGGACAACUUUCUCCACUCCUGUGCAUAAUAUUUCUUCACAAGAAUAAACAGAUUCGGAAACAGAGUGCUCUGUUGUGGAAUGCUACAUUUGCUAAAGCGACAGCUCUGGUUUAUCCUGAGGAAUUAAAACCCAUAUUAAGGCAAGCCAAACAAAAAAUUGUGCUUCUGCUGCCUGGUUUGGAAAAUGUUGAAAUGAUGGACGAGUCCAGUGGACCAUAUUCAGAUGCAACAGAGAAUUCACAAUUAAAUGUCAAGAUAAGUGGCAUGGAAAGAAAACCAAGUGGAAAAAGAGAUUCCAUUUUGGCACAUACAAAGGAUAAAAAAGAAAAUGUGAAACUGUCAGCUAAGCUGAAACUAGAAUCUUCAUCUCCAAAAAUAAAGAGUGGUAAGCUUUUGGAAGAGGAAAAGUCUACUGACUUUGUCUUCAUUCCUCCAGAAGGAAAAGAGACAAAGGCAAGGAUUCUAACUGAGCACCAGAAAGAAGUACUCAAGACAAAACGGUGUGAUAUUCCUGCCUUGUAUAAUAAUCUGGAUGCUUCACAAGAUACUUUAUUUUCUGCUCAGUUUACUCAAGAAGAAUCAAUGGAUAGCCUCACUUUAACUGAAAAACCAAAAGAAGAUGUCAAGAUAAUUAAGGAAGAGCAAAUGGAGAGUGCCAUUUUCAUCCCUCGAGAUGCCCCGGAAAAAUGUGGAAUAGAUGAACAUCCUAAGAAAGCUUCAUUACCAAAUUAUGGUGGCUCUGUUGCUGAAACCAAUCCAGAAACACUGAGCACUGGUUUUGAUACUAGAAAAGAAACAUUAAUUUCAUCAAAGAUAGUGUCUGCUGAAUGUUCAUCUAGUACAGAAACUUCAGUGGUCAUUAGUAGUUCAGUUUCUAAUGCCACUUUUUCUGGAACCCCUCCACAGCCUACAAGUCGGAGACAAACCUUUAUUACUUUGGAGAAAUUUGAUGGUUCAGAAACUAGACCUUUUAGUCCAUCCCCCUUGAAUAACAUGUCUUCCACUGUUACAGUGAGAAAUAACCAGGAUAACACAACUAAAACUGACAUGCCAACAAAAGCAAGGAAAAGAGAAGUUACUCACUCAAAAUCUGAUUUAGAAAAAUUAUCGAAUGCAGGUAAGAAAUCAAGCCGAAGAUGGAGUAAAGCUGAGCAGUCAGUUAAUAAAAAGUCUAAGUCUUCACUGACACCUGAACAGGAAGAACAUUCAUUCGAAAAUAACCCUCCUGAUUUGCUCAAUCCAACAGAAUGUGUGUCAGAAAAUCGUGAUCAUCCUUCAGACGCUACCCUAGAGCAUGAAGAUAGGGAUACUAAACCAGCAGUAGAAAAUGCUUCAUUGGAAGACUUAACAACAGAAGAGAAAAAUGUAGGCAUUAAUAUGGAAUCUAAAGGAAAUACAUCCCCAGUUGUAGCAUCAACAGAACAAGUUGUAAAUGAAGAUAGUCAGGCUGCUGCAGUAACUCCAAAUCCAAAAACACUCAGACGGUCUUCAAGGCGGCGUUCAGAAGUAGUAGAGUCUUGCAGUGACAGCCAAGAUAAGGAAAGUGGCCAACAAAAAAAGGAGAGACGAAAGGAAGAAGAAAAAACAGUUUCAAAGAGUCUGUUGCAUAUCAAAGAUGAUAAGUUGCCCAAGCAAAAACUAACUGCUGAACCACCUAUACAGGAAAAUUUAACUGAAAAAGGAAACAGUUUACCUGAGAGAACUUUAGGGGAACCCAGUGCUACUGCUGAAAUUGACCAAAAUAGAAGAAAACCAGACCUUGAGAAUGUUAGUUCUGAAGGAGGUGGUACCCUGGACAAUACAGAUAAGUCAUCUGAGAAACCAUUAAGAGGACGGACACGUUAUCAAACAAGAAGAGCUUCUCAGGGCUUGAUUUCUGGUGUUGAAAACUCAGAAUCUGAUAGUUCUGAGGCCAAGGAAGAAGUUUCUAGAAAGAAACGAUCGGGGAAAUGGAAAAAUAAAAGCAGUGAUACUGUUGACAUUGAAGAGCAAGAAGAAAAAAUGGUUGAAGAGGAAGUUAUGAAAACUGCAAAUCAGACACAUGAUGGUCAGGCACUUCCUGAUGUUGAUAUAAAUGCAGCGGCUCAGGUUUGUGAAAAAAAUACAAAUAACAAUAGGGUAAUCCUUCAGGAUUCUUUUGGGUCUGCAGAUUCACUGCAAGUUUCGCUUACAGGCGAGGGUAAAAGUAAGACUACUAGCAAAUGUGUAGACAGUUCAUUUGUAAGUCUGCCUGUGCCAGAAUCAAACCUCAGGACUAGGAAUGCCAGUAAGAGAUUAUAUAAACGAGACACUGACAGUAAUGUGGGGGCAUCAGACAUUUCUGUCUCUCCUGAAAAAUGCACCCAAGUAGUUGAAUGCCAACACAAGAGAAGUAGGAGAGUCAGGAGAUCUAAAAGUUGUGACUGCUGUGGGGAAAAAUCACAUUUCCAGGAAAAGUCAUUUAUUGGGUUAAAGAACACGGAAAGUUAUGACAUAAAGAGUGUGGAGACAAAGAAGACAGAUAUACAAGUACCUGAGACUGCACCUGGAACUUGUGAAACUAAUGAGCACGCUGAAACAAAGUUGGUAGGUGAACAGCCUAAUAGGAAUUUUCAUUUGGGUCUUGAAGAAAAUUCUACUACUGGUGAUUUAAUUAAGUCUGAAGCUGGAUUGGAAGAACAUAGUAAAAAUUCCCCUCCAUCUGAAAUAGUAAAUAUGAAAGAAAAAACUUAUGACACAGACGCUAGUGAAGCAGUAUCUGAAAUCCAAGAACCAUGUAAUGAAAAAUACAAUGCUGCUGAGGACCCAUGCUUAAGUGAUUGCAAAGGCAUUUCACAGAAAUACCCUUUAGAUAGCGAAGUAGAAAGUCCAGAAGCUAUUCUGAAAAGUGAGUUCGACAUCAGUGAUAUAGGGAAGGCAUCCAAAGUAAUAGCUGGGUCCAGUGCAGAGAGAGUUGAAACUAUGGAAUUAAAUGUAAGAAAUGACGCCUCUGGAACUGCUGUCUCUGAAAAGAGUACCCCAAUGGAUGUUUCUGUAGAUGGGGCAACAGAGGAAGCAGUCACAACUGAAGUGAAUGCUGAAGGAGUAGCCACUGAGGACUUUAAUUCAAGUAUGGGUCUUUCUGAUGCUACCACACCUGUAAGCAAGGAUGUUCAGACUGAGCCUCCAGCCACUGCGGAACUAGAGGGGGAUAGCAAUGAAUCUGAUUCAGGCUCAUGUGAGGAAAUGAACAAAGAAAUGGAAAGUUACAAAGGCCAGACGAACAUUGAAAUUGACAAUGCCAGGGUAAAGGAUAUGGACAAGACUGCUAACACUUCUAAAUCUGAAGGAUCAUUGAUUGGAGGACUAGACAUCAACACUGAGAGCUUUGUUAGUGACAUUGAAAUGAGUUCUGGAGAAGAAACUGUUAAUUGCAAAACUGAAACAAACAUUGAACUUAGUAAGUUAGAUGAAGCAAGUGGCAAUCAUACUAUAGUGGGAAAUGAUACCCUGCAGGAAGUUUGCUUUACUUCAGAGAAAGUGGAGGAAUUAUCACAGUCUCUGAUAUCCAAAGUGGCUUCUGAACUUGGAGCAGAAAGCAAUAAUACAUCUCCCGAAAAGUUAGAGCUGGAUCCUUCUUUUGGAUCAACAAGUGAAAGUCCUAGUCGUAUGCAGGCACGCUGUGUCUGGUCACCUUUGGCUUCUCCAUCCACAAGCAUUUUAAAGAGAGGACUGAAAAGACCCCAAGAAGAUGAGAUCUCUCCAGUUAACAAGGUUAGACGUGUUUCAUUUGCAGAUCCAAUAUACCAAGCAGGAUUGGCAGAUGACAUUGAUAGGCGCUGCUCUGUUGUUAGGUCUCAUUCUUCAAAUAGCUCUCCUAUAAUAAAAAGUGUUAAAACCUCACCUACUUCACACUCUAAGAUUACAGAAAUGGCCCAAGAAUCCAUGCUAUCCUCAACAGAAUGUGUUUAUCCAGCUUUGGUGAACUGUGCAGCAUCAGUUGACAUCAUUUUACCUCAGAUUACAUCUAAUAUGUGGGCAAGAGGUCUCGGACAACUUAUUAGAGCCAAGAAUAUAAAAACAAUUGGUGAUUUGAGUACGCUUACAGCAUCUGAAAUAAAAACUCUUCCUAUUCGCUCUCCAAAGGUGUUUAAUGUAAAAAAGGCCCUCAGAAUAUACCAUGAGCAACAGAUGAAAUCUCGUGGACUUGAAGAAAUUCCAAUUUUUGAUAUUUCUGAGAAGGCAGUAAAUGGAGUAGAGAGCAAGGCCCUCUCCACUGAUGAGGAAAGGCUCGCCUCAGAUUUAAUUGAUCCUGUGACCCUAGAUACGCCAUUGUCUAAAAAUCUUGUGGCACAAAUUAGUGCUCUUGCUCUUCAACUGGACUCAGAAGAUCUCUACAGUUAUUCUGGAAGCCAGCUAUUUGAAAUGCAUGAAAAACUUGGUACCAUGGCAAACUCUAUAAUAAGAAAUCUACAGUCACGUUGGAGAUCACCAGCCCAUGAAAAUUCUUAGUAUUUUACGAGAAAUGUAAAGUGUUUUUCAUCAUCAGAUUUAUUUUUUGUGCUUUAGAAAUAUCCACACCAUUUAAAGAGGAAAAUCUGUAAAGUUGAUAAAAUAAUCAAAUCCUGAAAGGCAAUGAAUUACUAGGUCAGUUUUAUAAGUUCAUUAGAUCUUCCAUAUUGUAUUUUCUUGGCCAGUACACAUAGUUUUUUAAGAAAUUUAAAUGUUACUGAAACUUGAAAGCAAAAGAAAUAUACAUAAUUUUUUCAUGCUUUAACUCAAGCAUAUUUUGGUAUAGUUCAUACAAAAGAUUUUAAUUAAGAUAGAAGAAAAGUUUUAUUUACACUUUAUUGAACUGAUAAAGAUGUUCAUACUCUUUCAAAAUAUUUAUAUUUGUUGUGCCUGGUGGAACACCUGUACUGAGAUGCAAAAGAAUGAGAGCAUUUCCUGAAGAUUAAAGCUGUAGAGAGUCUCUACAAAACCAAGUUUCAACUUGAUGGGACUUAAAACAAUAAUGCUUAAUUCUCUAAGAUUCUAUUCAUUUGGCAUUAACAAAUACUUGUGCAGCAGCCUUUGUCUGUGAAAAUGUGCUCUUAUGAGGUAUAGUGUUCACUCUUAAAUGCAUGACUUUGUACAUUAUGUAUAGAAGACAAUGUUUUUUAAUUUAUAAAGUUCAGCCUUUUAUUGCAUGAGUUUUUCUGCAGCUUUUUGUGAAUACUAUUUUGUGUAAUAGAAACAUUUGUAUAUAUUUAAUAUCCAAAUAUCCAUAUGGAUAGUAAAAGUACUUCAUUGGACCUACUGUGGAUAUUUGUAGGAGUCUUUAUCUACAAAUAAAGCAACAGAUAGUUUUGUAUUUAGUUAAAACAUGAGCUUAUUUUCUAAAAUAUCCAGACUAAUUAGAAUUAUUGGAAACCAGAAAAUGUUACAUGCCACUACCUUUUUUUUCUUAUGGUUUGGAAGAGGAUCCCAGCCACUAGAAAAUGUGCCUCCUUCAUAUCUUUCUUCUUAAUGGAGAGUUACCUUGGAUAUUUUCAUUGCAGGUUGUACUAUAAACUGUAGAGAUACAUGGUUUUUCACAUAUAUUGAAGACUAAACUUGGAAGAAAUUUGAAACUGCCAUUUUUAUAUGUAUGUUUUUGUCAAGUUAAAGAAUUAGGAUAUAUAAUUAAACCAUUUGUAAAUUUUACCAAGU